CGGGCGGCGGCGGCGGGUGAGCGCGGCCGAGGGCAUCUCCUUCGAGUACCACCGCUACGCGGAGCUGCGCGAGGCGCUCGUGGCCGCGUGGCUCCAGUGCCCCGCCAUCAGCCGCAUCUACAGCGUGGGCCGCAGCGCCGAGGGCCGCGAGCUGCUCGUCCUCGAGGUGUCCGACCGGCCCGGCGAGCACGAGCCCGGGGAACCAGAAUUUAAAUAUGUUGGGAAUAUGCACGGGAAUGAAGCUGUCGGAAGGGAGCUGCUCAUCUUCUUGGCUCAGUACCUGUGCAAUGAAUACCAGAAAGGAAACGAAACUAUUAUCAACCUCAUCCACAGCACGCGUAUCCACAUCAUGCCGUCCUUAAAUCCAGACGGCUUUGAGAAGGCAGCAUCCCAGCCCGGUGAACUUAAAGACUGGUUUGUAGGUCGGAGCAAUGCCCAAGGAAUAGACCUAAACCGAAAUUUCCCUGAUCUUGAUAGAAUAGUCUAUAUUAAUGAGAAAGAAGGUGGCCCCAACAAUCAUCUGCUGAAGAACAUGAAAAAAGCUGUAGAUCAGAAUCCUAAGCUUGCUCCUGAGACGAAAGCUGUGAUCCACUGGAUCAUGGACAUUCCCUUUGUGCUCUCUGCCAACCUGCAUGGAGGAGACCUCGUGGCAAAUUAUCCCUACGACGAGACUCGCAGUGGCAGUGCUCACGAAUACAGCUCCUGCCCUGAUGAUGCUAUUUUUCAAAGCCUGGCUCGCAGUUAUUCUUCUUUUAACCCYGCUAUGUCUGAUGAAAACAGGCCACCGUGCCGUAAAAAUGACGAUGACAGCAGCUUUGUGGAUGGAACAACAAAUGGGGGUGCCUGGUACAGUGUCCCGGGAGGGAUGCAGGAUUUCAAUUACCUCAGCAGCAAUUGCUUUGAAAUCACAGUGGAGCUUAGCUGUGAAAAAUUCCCCCCUGAAGAAACUCUGAAGGGCUACUGGGAAGACAACAAGAACUCGCUUAUCAAUUACAUUGAGCAGAUUCAUCGAGGAGUGAAGGGAUUUGUUAAAGACCUUCAGGGCAAUCCGAUAGCAAAUGCUACAAUCUCCGUUGAGGGAAUAAGCCAUGAUAUUACAUCAGCCAAGGAUGGUGACUACUGGAGGUUGCUUGUGCCUGGAAAUUACAAACUUACAGCUUCAGCACCAGGUUAUCUAGCAAUAACUAAGAAAGUAGCUGUCCCCUAUAGCCCUGCGGUUGUGGUUGAUUUUGAACUGGAGUCAUUAUCUGAAAGAAAAGAAGAGGAGAAAGAAGAGUUGAUGGAAUGGUGGAAGAUGAUGUCGGAAACACUAAAUUUUUAAAAGAAAAUUCUGGCUUUCCAGCUUUUAAUCUAUUCUAUGUUGACUUAGUAUAAUGUACUGUGGAAAGUCCAUAUAUUUUAGAUAUUGUGCACUUCACAAUUAAUAACUUCGAUUUCUUUUUCAGACAUCUUUUAAUUAAUAUGAUUAAAAAUUAUUAUUAGACACCUAGCUAGAUAAAUAAGUUAUUAAUUUUCUUUCAUAUUGUUAUAGAAAAUUUACUCUUCUAUACAAUGCAGAAAAAAAAUGAAUGAAUGUCUCUGCCACAUAUACAGAAGUACAAUCUCUUGUGUGUCAUUUGCAAGUUGAGAAUGUGUAGGUUAACUCUUGAUUUUAAAAAAGAAAUAUGCUGUAGUCAGUUCCCAGUAUUGCCAGAAAUAUUUGACAGUGCAUAGUAGUAGACAGUGCUCCUUACUGAAUUAUAUAAUGAAUGUUAUUGAAAAGACUUAUAAUUAUAACAGUGUGGUGGUGUAAUAAUGUUUCACAAGGAUUAAAAUUCAGUAUAACAUUUUGUAUGUCUCUGGCGUCGGGACUAUUUAAAUAUGUAAGAAACAUAAGCUUCUGACUUCGUGUUAGCAAGUGGAGAGAAUUUGCAUAAGCUCUUUCAUUAAAAGAUGGCAUGAAAUGAACCAAGGGAAUAACAGGUCUUUAUUCCUUAAUCUGCUAAUGAUACUUCAAGGAUACCUUUUAGUUAUUUUUCUUUACUUAUCAACCAAAUUAAAAAUUCUGAAUGGAUGAAGAAGAAAAGCUCAUGCGUUUUGUUACUAUGCUGCUUGCAUUCAUAUUUUACAGCAAGAAAAAAUAAUUGUUUUGGGUGAUGUCUGUUCUGUCUAACUAUUUUAUCAACAAUGUUUAAAUGUGUUAAUUCUAGAUGUGUAGCUGAAAGUUCACAUAUUCACUGAAAGCUUCCAAAACUUCACAGUUUAGAAAAUGAACAAGAAUAUAUACUAAUGACAGGCAUUUAGCCACAAAAGGCAAGAAUGGGUUUGUUUCAACUCUGUUUCUUCUGCUGGAUAGUCAUAUCUCAAUUUAGAAAGAAGAAAGGAAAGCAGAAAAUUUAUCAAUAUAGUGAAUUUUACUGAGGCAUUCAAAGUUAAAAAAAAAAAAGAUUCUUUAGAUAUAAAACAAUCUUUAAGCCUCUCUUUUAAAAGUGCUCUAAAAUUAAAUUUCUUUAGUACUUUGUCUCACACGAGUGAAACAUAGGAGUAGAAGAAAACACAUGAGCCAUCCAAACUUUCACGGGUGCAAAUUUGACAUAAUUCUUUUGAAAACACUGCCAGUAUUCACCUUAAGUGAAAAAUACAUGUUCCGAGUAGGAUCCAAAUUUACCUUCUUUGGGUAUUUAAAAAUCUAACAAAAAUAUUCCUUUUUUAUGAAUUUGGAAUUCUUUAGUAUGAAUAGAGCUUGAACUUUUAUACCAAAAGGAUCAAGGUGCCCAGUUAUGCACACUCAGUUAUUUGUUACAAGGCAGCUUGGAAGAGUAGGAUACAAAACACACUCUGUCUGCUGGGAAAUAACAAUACUAUUUUUUGACUGAACUGGGUAAAAUUAAGACAAAUAGUGUAAAAAGUAACCAAAAAGGGGAUGGCUGCCAUGUGGGCAAAUGGCUACAGGAKAGUUUCUGGCCUGCAAAUCA